UCUAUGAUAUGAUCUCACACUGUACUUCAGCAGAGAAAAAUAGGGUCGCAAAGAGGCAGAAUCUAUAUACAAAAUGUGCACACCAUGGACAAUUCCAAAGCUUGUCAGAUGGAGGGUGAGGGACUGGGUAUCUUGUUUCUUGGCUUGCAGGUUUCCUUUAGAUGAUGAAUCGAAUGAUACAUAUCGAUCUUCUGCACCUCAAAAACUGCCAAGAAAAAACAUGGGUUUCGACACAAAGGCCGGUACUGAUCAGAGUAGAGUCAUGAAUCAAACUAGCAAAAAGAAGUCUCGGCACAAAAGUCGACGUAGUAAAGAGAGACAAUCAAAACUCAGUUCCGCACAAACUAAAGAAGACAUUACAGUAGAAAAUGGCUCUGUCGACGACUCUUGCUGGCCAAAUUUUUCAGAUGAAGACUACAUAGUCUUCUGCUUUAGGGAGGAUGGAGCAUUCGACGUAGUCAAGGAUGGAAAGCCAGAAACUUCCAACCGCUUUGACUGCAUGUCCAGAAGUUCCAGAACUGUAAACCGAAAGGAUGAUGAAGAAGAAGACUGCAUAUAUUGGGAUACAGAAUCGCCUAGAAACAGCAUCAGAAGGAGAUCAUCUCUAAUGGAGGAUCAGGUUGAAGACCGUGGCUUGGUUUCAGUUGAAUCAAGUGAAUCCAAUCAAUCAGAUCGCAGCACAGGCUCUUUUGCCUUCCCUGUGUUGGGUUGGGAGUGGAUGGGUAGUCCUGUGCAAAUGCCAAAAUCAGAGGGCCUGCAGUUAAGGAAGCACAAGGCUCGUUGUGUAGGCUUUCAGUGUUUUAGAAACUGAAAGUUCAGCAACAUUUCUGUCUCUGUUCUUACUCAAGUUUCCUGGGCCCCAUAUAUGUAUAGGACUGGC